UGCAUCACUAGCCUGCCCUUAUUUGCAUCUCAGAUACCAAAUAAAAAUAGUCUACAAAUAUACAUUGUUCAUGUUGAGGCACCUGAUGCACAUGUUGCUUCUGAAUCGGAAGAUCUGGAGAGCUGGUACCGCUCUUUUCUACCGGCUACCACAACAAGUUCGAGUGAAGAUGAGGCGCAUCUCGUUUACUCGUACCGCCACGUGUUGAAGGGAUUUGCUGCAAGGCUUUCACCCGAACAUGUGAAAGAAAUGGAGAAGAAGAAAGGAUUCAUCUCAGCACACCCCCAGAAAUUGAUGUCCGUGCAAACAACACAUUCCCCCAACUUCUUGGGGUUGCACCAGAAUAUGGGGUUGUGGAAAGACUCUAAUUACGGUAAAGGUGUGAUUAUUGGCGUGAUGGACAGCGGAGUGAUGCCUGACCAUCCUUCCUUCAGCGACGAAGGAAUGCCGCCUCCACCGGCAAGGUGGAAGGGCAAGUGUCAAUUCAACCACACAACCUGCAACAACAAAAUCAUUGGAGCAAGGUACUUUAACGCCGAGGACCAGAGCCCCCUUGACGAUACUGGCCAUGGAACUCAUACUGCGGGCACUGCUGCUGGACGCUUUGUGCAAGGCGCAAAUCUUUUUGGCAGCGCUAACGGCACUGCUGCUGGCAUUGCACCACUUGCUCAUUUAGCCAUAUACAAAGUGCUAAAGGAUAAUUCUGUAGGAGCUGCAGAUUUCCUUGCUGGAAUGGAUGCAGCAAUUGAAGAUGGAGUCGACGUGCUGUCGAUAUCUGUAGGCUAUGACGAUAAAACACAAAUAGAAAACUUGUAUCAAGAUUUUUUUGCAGUUGGUGCAUUCAGUGCGAUGCAGAAGGGUAUCUUGGUUAGCUUCUCUGCUGGAAACAGCGGGCCUCUUCCCUCAUCUGUGGGACAUGGGGCACCUUGGGUUCUGACGGUUGGAGCAAGCACGUUGGACAGAAAAUUGAGUGCAAAAGCAGUGCUAGGAAACAAUCAAAAGGUGGAUGGUGAAUCAGUUUAUGACUUUCCACGAAAGCUCUUCCCGCUUGUCUAUGCGCCUAACUGCAGGGCAAGCGACAUCCGAGGUAAGAUAGUGGUGUGUGAGUUAAGUGGAUUACCACAAAUUCAAACUGGUGGUGGCGCUACCGGCAUUAUUUUCAUAAACGAUGAGACAUAUGGAAACACCAUUCCAGUUUUAGCCAUCGGUUUGCCAUCAACACAUUUCGGCUAUGCCGCGGGAUUGAAGAUCAAAGCUUACAUAAAUUCAACGGCAACACCCACCGCCACUAUUUCUACCAGAGGUACCGUGAUUAGUGAUGAGCGUGCACCAGUCGUCGCUUCAUUUUCUUCCAGGGGUCCUAGCAUACCAACCCCUGGAAUCUUGAAACCCGACAUUUUAGGCCCUGGAGUCAAUAUUCUGGCAGCAUCACACACUUCCAUCGAAUGGAAAAUAGAUUCUGGUACCUCAAUGGCGUGCCCGCACCUAAGCGGUGUGGCUGCUCUGCUCAAGAGCGAGCAUCCCGAUUGGUCUCCUGCUGCAAUCAAGUCCGCCAUUAUGACCACUGCGGACGAUGUGAACCUCGCUGGUAAUCCAAUUGAGGACGAGAGGUUCCUCCCGGCUGACCUCUUUGCCACGGGAUCAGGCCAUGUGAAUCCAUCAAGAGCUAUAGAUCCCGGACUUGUCUACGACAUCCAGCCCCAAGACUACCUUCCUUACUUGUGCGGUCUCAACUACACGGAUCACCAAGUGGAGAUGUUUCUACGUCGGAGGGUGAAUUGCAGAGUCGAAUCGAAGAUAGCGGAAGCAGAGCUAAACUAUCCUUCAUUCUCUAUCAUUUUCAGUGGCAAAUCAACUUCCCAGGUUUACACCAGGACCGUCACAAACGUAGGUGACCCUGACUCGUCAUACAAGGUGAAGAUUUCCCCACCCCACGGAGUUGGUGUUCGUGUGAAGCCCACCACGCUCAACUUCUCCGAGACAAAACAGAAACUGCAGUACAAGGUUACAUUCAGCCGACUUACUUCUGCUCCACAUACCAAUUUCGUCCAAGGAUUCUUGAAAUGGACCUCUCCCACUCGUUCUGUUCGGAGCCCUUGUAAUAGUAUGGCCCUUAUAGGCCCAAUCUGCUCCACCAGUAACCGGCCCAUACUUUGUUGGGCUUGAGCCCAAUCUCCAGUGGUGACCUACACGUGGCAGAAUGUGGUGGUGAGUUGGGGCUGUGUCUUUUAUAUACUGGUUCCUUCUCUCUUCCGACUGUCUUUUGCUUCUGCCUCUCUCUUUUUCUCUCUCGGUUGUGAGUGUGAAAAAACUAGGGUUUUCUGUUUCCCUUUCCUUCUGGUGUUCUCUCUCUGUGCUGAAGGCUUGAGAGUGUGAUCUCUCUUCUUUCUCCUCUGCGUGUGUAUACACUGAGGAUUGGGUGACUGGUGUUUUGGCCGUGGCUUUGCCUUGGAUUGUCUCUGCAACGAGGAGGUUGCUGGAUCUAGGGUUUCUGUGGAUACGGUGGAGUAGAUUGGUUAUCUACUAAGGUUUCUCCAUUGAGGGGCAAAUCAAUUGGUGACUAAGGAAUUGAGGGUCGGAUUUAUAGACCUGUGCAGUUGUACCUGGUGCAACUUGAGCCUAUAAAUUGUUCUUGAUCUUGUUUCUAUUCUUUGGUUAUUCCUGAGUUCUUUUACUAUCUAUUGUUGAGGUGAACGCUUUUAAUCCGUGUGUUAAGUGUUUCAGGUGCAAUAGAAGGAGUAGAAGACAGUAGAUCUAGUAGUGUAAUAGCUAGAUCAGUUUCUUGAUUGUAUUACUUGUAAUCUUGGCUGAAGUAUAGACCUUACAGUGGCAUCAGAGCCACGGUUGGAGUUCGGCCGAAGGUUCGGUGUGUGUUUUCUGGUAAUACAAGAGAUCUCUAUUUCGAUCUCUUGCUCUGGUAUUGUAGUGUUGGCUUCUCGCUCUGGUUUUCCUUUCUCCUUUUCCUGGUUUCCGCUGUGUUGUUUCUCUGUUGUCUGUUUUGGUUGUGAUAGUACCUGCUGGACUGGUUUUGUCUUUCUUUUCUUGG